AUGGCUGACUACAAAGAUCUCAAGAUCGACAUUGUCGGUGCAGGCAAGUACAGCAUGGGUGGUUUGACAACCGCCCUCGCCCUCGCCAGGAAAGGUUUCAAGAACAUCACCGUGUACGAGAAUGCGUCAAACCUUGGUUUCGUCGGCGCCGGCAUCCAGCUUGCACCCAACAUGCUGCGGAUAUUGGACAGGCUGGACUGUUUCAAGGGCACCAGGAUUGAAAGAGAGGCAACCAACAUCCAAGAAACAAGCAUCGUACGGGGGUCAGACAACCAAGAGCUUGCCAACGUCAAGAUGCCCGAUAUUGAGCAAAGAUUUGGCUAUCCACACAUGACUGGUCACCGUGAGAGUUUAGCCGGCGGUAUAUAUGAGGCUUGCCAGAAGGAGGACUCCGUCAAGUUCGUCUUCGGCUCCACCCUGCAGAACGUCAACACCUUUGGAUCGAGGCCCAAGUUCACAAUCGAGCCGCGAGGAGGAGAGCCGUACGAAGUUGAGACCGACGUGCUCAUCGGCGCUGACGGCAUCAAGUCCAACACACGAUAUGCCAUGCUGCGGGAGCUGAAGAUCGAUGCCGAGGUCGAGGACACUGGUCAGGCCGCCUACCGCAUCAUGCUGACACGAGAGCAAUGUCAGCCAUACCCCGAACUGCUCAAACUUCUCGACUCCAACUGUGCCAUGCGCUGGAUUGGCGAGAGGCGGCACAUAGUGGGCUACCCCAUCAUGAGCCACAACAUCUACAACCUCUCGACCGCACAGCCAGACUCCAACUUUGCAGCCGCCACAAAUGCUACCUACACGACUAAAGGUGACAAGAAGCAGAUGUUGGAUACCUAUCACGACUUCUGCCCCCUGGUCCAGACCAUGCUGAACCUUGUGCCCGACGGCGAGGUAUGCGAGUGGCGCCUGCGCUCUCACAAGCCCCUGGACCAAUGGACAUAUGGCAACGUGGCCCUUGUGGGUGACGCCUGCCACCCGACGCUGCCCCAUCUCGCGCAGGGCGCCGCGCUCGCCAUGGAGGACGCCGCCGUGCUGGCCGAGACGCUCGCGCUCACCCCCGGCGGCAGCCCGGACGCCGUGGCCCGGACGCUCCGGGUGUACGAGCUGCUGCGCAAGGAGCGGGCGACGACGCUGGUCAACCUCGCCGCGCUCAACGGCAAGACCAUGCACCUGGGCGAGGGCAAGGCGCGCGAGGAGCGCGACCGCAUGUUCGCCGAGGCCAGGGAGAAGGGCAAGCCCGUGCCCGACAAGUGGGCCAGCCCCGAUGUGCAGGAGAUGAUCUACUCACACGACUGCAUGGCGAACGCGGGGGAGAAGUUUGACGAGCUGUACAAGGGAUUGUGA